AUGAUGAUACACACGCUUCAAGAACAACGAAGUAUGAUGCAACAACGAAUGCAAAUGCACCAAGAUAUCAUGAAAGCAAUGCAUCUCAAAACUCGAGAGAACGCUGCUUCGCGUGAGCUACCCGUCGAAGGAAUAUCCGCUCAAAAUUCGACGGUAAAGGUGACGUCGUCGUUUUCUUCUUUGCGCCAAGCUAUAAGCGUCAAAGAGCAUUUUGUACGACGACGCAUCACAAGAGCGACUGUUGGCAAUUCUUCUACAAAGUCUGACUGGCUCCGCAGCAGCAGAGCUCACUAUCGAAUACAAGGAUAUACAUUAAAUUUAUGUCAAAACUUUAGACAAAUAUAUAGGUGA